AUGCCAUCAGUCCAACCUGCAGCUCCAGCAGCAUCAUCUGUGGACCUGGCCGCAGAGGUAGCAAGGUUAAGAGAACAACUAAGACUAAGAGAUGAGGAAUUUGAAAAUGCGAGAAAACAAGCCCCACCAACCUCUGAAGGGAAAGUUGAUCCCAUAGUGGCAGAGGAUUGGUUAAGAUCGAUCAAGGCCAUCUUCGAUCAUAUGGAGUUAAAUGAUCGCCAGAGAAUAUCAUGUGCAGUCUAUUUACUCAAGAUGGAUGCACGAAUAUGGUGUGAUGUAGUUAAACAGACUCGUGAUCUGAAUACCAUGACUUUGGCAGAGUUCGUCCAGGCUUUUAGCAAGAAGUAUUAUAGUGCGGUAGUGCUAGCAACCAAAGUAGAUGAGUUUGUAACCUUGGUACAAGGAAACCUAUAUGUCACUGAUUAUGCACAGAAGUUCGAUAGGUUGCCAAAAUUUCCUCCUGAUGUUGUACCAACUGAAACUCUACGAGUCCAAAGGUUCGUGAGGGGACUCAAGUCGAUGAUUGCUAGGGACAUUAUGAUGACUAGUGCUGAAGUUGUCAGUUAUGCAAAAGUACUUGAUAGGGCACUUGAAGUAGAAUAUUUGGAAGAUCGGAUAUGGAAGGAUAAUGCUGCCAGUAGAGAGACCCAUCGAAAUAAGGGCUUCAACGAGGGUAACAAAAGGAAAGCUAAUGAAGGGCAGAACAAUGGCAUUGAUAAGAGACCUGGACCCCCAGUCACGAAUAACAACAGUCACAAUACUCAAAACCACCAUAAUAACCGUAACAAUCGCUAUAAUAACUGA